AUGCAGGGCGUGGCGUACGUGACGCUGCAGCUGCGAGACAUCCCAGAAGCCGCCGGCGGCGGCGCCCGCGCGCUGCACGUGCUGCCCACCUACCAGCUGCUCAACCAGCUGCCCUUUGACGUCCAGCUGCGCCAGGCCGGCACCCACCAAUCGCCGCAGGUCGCGCCGGCGGGCGGGCCACCCUGCAGCGUGCUGUGGGGGGACGCGAGCCUGCCCCUGAAGCUGCAGCUCCGCGCGGCGGAGGCCGGGUGGUCGUGGUCCGGCGCCGCCGCCCUCGACGCGCCUGGCGAGAGCAUACUGAAGAUGCGCCACCGCAGCCGCGGCGAGACGCUGCUGGUCCGGCUGGAGGUCACCGCUGCGCGCGCUGCAGCAGGGGGCGCGCUCGCGGUGCUGCGGGCGGUGGAGGAGGGCGGCUCAUUUGCGCCGUACAGGUGCGGGCUGCUCGCCUGCGGCCGGCGGCGCGGGGGCGUGGGGCCGCUUGGCUCGCCCUUGCUCGGCAGCGUUGUGGAGCCGGGGUGUGCAGGCCGGGGUGUGCUGUGA